GUGGUGGUGUUGGGUGAGGCGGUUUGUCACGCGGCUUCGUGUUGUCCUUGUAAACGUUGGGGCGAAAGCAAACAGCCUCCUCCUGCACCUCCUCCUCAUCCUCCUCCACCUCCUCAUCCUCCUCCUCAUCAUCCUCCACCUCCUCCUCAUCAUCCUCCACCACCUCCUCCUCCAUCAAGAGCCGUUGACGACAAACGCCAGAGUGGCCGGGGCCGAAUCCCGCACACUCCCAGACGCUACUUAUUGGAUGUGCUAAUACGUUGUUUGUUGUUGUUAUUGUUAGUUGUUACCGGUGGUGGUGGUGCUGAUGGUGGUGGUGGUGUUGGGUUCGCUACUAACAGACAAGGGUUUGAUGAAAGACUUGCCCCGUCUCGUGGAGAAGAAUACAUUCACCGAUAUGGAUCUAAGCGCAAUGAACUUGAUGGCUCAAAUCGAAGAAGACCUGCAGGAGUUUGGUAUCGAGAAGAACGUACGCCCUUGUCUCAAGACGCCCGAAGAGAUUGAACGGCUGACCGUGGACGAAGGACUGAGUGACAUCGAACGUGCGGUGCAUCUGCUGAGCUCGGGCCAGGACGUGCAGUGGAUCAGCGUCGCGUGCAGCCUCCCCGAGCUGCUGCAGCGGAGUCCGGCCGAAGCGCUCCGCCGAGUCCUCCCCAAAGUCCGCGAGGUGCUGCACGUUGCUGGCCCCGAGACGCAGCUGGCCUCGGCGGAGUCGUUCCUGGCGUCGCUGCGCGGGGGCCUCGUCACGCCGGCCGUGUUCGCGCAGGGCUUCCUCCCCGCCGUGCUCAUGAACGUGGAGCACCGGGACCCCGCGGUUGCCAACGCCUGGCUACAGACGCUGCUCUCGGCCAUCGAGAUCAUGCCCAAGGACCUCGUGAAAAGAGAGGUGCUGGGCAUCGCCACCGCCAAGGGGCAGCUGUCGCAGGCCGUGCCGUCGCGGAUUGUCUGCUGCAAGAUCCUCGGCAAGAUCGCCACCAAGUUCGACGCCUACACGAUCGGCAAGGAGGUGCUGCCGCUGGUGCGGGCGCUGUGUCAGGACGUGGAGCUGGAGGUGCGCGCCACCAUGUGUCGCCAGCUGGAAAGCGUCGCCCGUGGCCUGGGGCUGGAGCAGACGCGUGUGGCGGUGCUGCCGGAGCUGCUGGAGCUGGCGGCGGACGAGGAGGGGGGGGUACGCACGGCGGCGCUGGAGACGCUCACCAACGCCAUUGCCAUGCUGGACUCCGCGACAUGUCGGCACACGGUGGUGCCACUGGUCGAGGGGUUUUGUGAGCGGGCGCUCGCCGGAGACGAAAACUCCAUGCCCAGCCUCGCCCUCAACUUCGGCCGCCUUUGCCACAGCCUCUCCGCCACACUGAGCGAGGAGCAGCGCUGGUCGUUGCUGGAGCACUACUGCCGGCUGAGCCGCGCCGGCGCCGCCGUGGAGAACGGCAACGGCCACAGUGGCGGCCCCGGCAUGGAGGGGCCACGUCGCGAUGCCGACGUCCACGUGGGGGUGGCGCAGCAGCAGCAGCAGCUGGCGCCGGGUGCCAGCGGCGAGCGAUCGGCGCGACAAGCGGAGUGCCGUAGACACUGCGCGUACAACCUGCCCGCCAUGGUGCAGUUUGCCCAGCCGGAGAACUUUUCGAGCCGGCUGCGUGCCGCCUUCGCCGCCAUGUGCCACGACCGCGACGCCGGGGUGCGGGCGACCGUGGCCAGCAGCCUCCUGGAGGUGGCGAAGCUUCUGGCCCCCAAAGUCCACCUCAUUCACAAGGAGCUGCUGUCACUGCUACAGGACGAGUCCUUGCAGGUGCUGGACGCCCUCGUGGACAACCUGACGGAGGUGCUGCUGCUCGUGCGACGGACAAGCAGCCACGACAACAAGGCUCCGCCGGCGUCGGAGCUCAUCGCGGCGCUGCUGGCGGCGGAGGCACGCGCCGGCGCUUCGCUCAAGUGGCGCCUGCACGAGCGGCUCGUGGCGAGCCUCGCGGGUCUCCCCGCCGUGCUGUCCAGCGACCAGCUGUACUACAAGUUCGUCCCCGUGGCUUUCCGCAUCAUCGACACGCACCGAGUGCUUCCCGUGCAGCAGGCGGCGGUGCGGACGCUGUGCACGCUCAUCCGACACAACCGCCGGCACGAGCAGCGGCAGGAGAUGUGCGACAAGCUCGUGGCGCAGCUGUGCCGGGCGCGUAGUUUCCGCCACCGUGUUCUGUUCCUGGACGCGUGCGGGUACCUGAUGGAGCACUUCUCCCGCGCCUUCUUGAAGCGCGCCUUCUUCACGCACGCCAUGGCGCUCGCCUGUGACCCCGUGGCCAACGUCAGGAUGCGGCUGUGCUCGCUGCUGCCGCGCCUCAAGGCCCUGCUCCGCCUGCCCGGGGACCACGAUCUGCAGCAGCAACUGGAGGCGGCGAUCCGGCGCUCGCUCUCGCAGGAGCGCGACGCCGACGCCCUGGCCGCCGUGCGCAAGGCGGUGUUGGCCCUCGACCGCAUAGAAGUGGCAGUCGACUCGUUGCACCGGAAGCCGUGCGAGGAGGACCUCAUCGAUGAGCAGAGGGAGCAGGAUGAGAACCUGUUGAUGGAGGAGCAGCGUGAGAGGGAGAAACAGCACGCGGAUAGCAAAUGCAGCCAGCAGAAGCCCAAGGGAGACAAGAAGAAAGGAGCGGCGCAGGAGGCGAGGAAGAUCGGGAAGCUGUCCCGCAGCAACUCGCUCAGCAUGCAGCCCCCGGCGCAACCGGUGGCACCAACACCGGCCCCGCCGGUCAAGGGCAGCAGGAAGAGCUCCGUUGGCUCCAUCGGGAGUGCCCAUUCGCCGGUGAUCGGCGGGCGGAGUCAGGUGCCCAGCCUCUUCCCUCCGUUAACAGAGAACCCUGGGCGGCCGCGAUCCAAUAGCAACCCGGCGGCCAAUCGCAGCCAGGCCAAGCCGGUUACCGUGGGAACAACGCCGAGCCAAUCGGAGAAGAGGGCAGUCGUCAGGGACGCCAAUCAGAGGAAAGUGACGGAGAAGAGCAGCACAGCCACCAAAAAGGUGAAGCCAUGACACUCUAAGGAUUCCACCGCCGGCUCCUCCACUUUGUAUUCCCGGAAUUUUCCGACGGCGGCGACUCCAUCCGCCACCGUGUGGGGGUCACGGUGGGGUGGGGGGGGGGUCAUCGCAAGGGCGUCCUUCCACGUGCCUGCCUUAAACAUUCCGGAAUUUUCCGACGGCGGCGUCUCUAUCCGCCGCCGUGUGGGGGUCACUGGGGUCAUCGACAGGAUCCUCGUAAGGGCGUCUUUCCACGUGCCUGCCUUAAACAUUCCGGAAUUUUCCGACGGCGGCGUCUCCAUCCGCCGCCGUUUGGGGGUCACCGGGGUCAUCGACGGGAUCUUCGCAAGGGCGUCCUUCCACCUGCCUGCCUUCAACAUUACACCCACCGCCCUCACCCCACCGUGGACUUGCGGUUAACGACCCCGGACGUUUGUACACAACCUCAGAAUUUAGUUACUAAAAAGAUCAAGAAUAGCACCCACAUCGAGCGCUCGUUUAAUAAAAGGUCUUGUUGUGUAUAGUUUAUUGCCUAUGUAAUUUAACUUAUUGGAAUGUUUAGGACGUUUUUAAAAUAUACCCCCGAACGUUUCAAACGGCUGUGACAGCAGCGCCAUUUUUAAUAUUUAAAAAAAAGUUGCCCGGGAGUUUUGACCAACUCUGGGCAGUGCUCACUGCAGUGCUCACCAAUUGCCUGCCGCCUCGCAGUUCUCAAUAGCAGUGCUCUUCACUACUAAAUGCAGUGCCUGAUUACUACAUUACAAAUACAGCAACUGGGGACAUCCACACACACACAAAUAUUCACGUGCAACAAUCAAGAAAUGUAAUCGUCCUUUAACACACCACAUUUUUCAUGUAAUAAUUUACAGCCCCUUUUUUUAACUCCACUGCUGGAUGGGAACCUUACCGUGCCGCGUCGGUCAUGGAAGUUCUCUGACCAGUACUCUGCUCUGGCCAUUGGUCCGGUUCGGAUGUCACUCGCCACUGAUGUUAGCCGUGACUGGGAAUCGAACUCACGACGGUGGGUUCAUGGCUCGGUGCGGCAAUCACUGCGUUAAUACGCCACCUCCAACUUAUUUUAUAUACUAUGUCAUUCAUCUGGUUGAAACGAUAACUUAUUGAAAAAGCGAGUAGUGGCUUUAACAGUGAGGGUGGGAGUUUUAUACAUACUUAAUCCUGGGCAAGUGUUCCCAUGCAAUUGUUUUUAGUCGGGGCGCUACCCCUUGGACUAACAUCGAGGAAAUAAUCAGUGAGCAGCCGCACUGUCAUUGGUGGAGCAGACAAAUGUGUCUCCAUAGCCCUGUCCGUGUACUGUGUCCCCAUGUCUCCAUGCCCGGCACUAUCCGUGUCUCCUUAGUGUCUGGCGGGUCUUCCAGUGUCUCGCGAAGCAUUGUGUCUCUCUCGCGUCCCCCCCUCUCGUCCUCUCUGCCGCCCCGAUGCACGUGGACAUUGCUUCACCCCACUUCCUGUUCGCCUGAGCCUCCACUAAAAAGGGAUUUGUUACCGCCAUCCUCUUGAGCGAAUGUUGUGAAAACAAAAAUUCAACAAAAUUCCCAGGAAUUUAAAACCUGGCAAACAUUGACGAAAUCCUUCGGGUCGGCAAAUGACGGGAUUGACUCUUAACAUCGAAUGACAAGUCAAUGCAACGCGGAAAUGUUACGAAUGUGACUCAUAAAGCGGCGAGGCCUGUGCAAAGUGUACAUUACCAAAAAAAAAACCUGCAGUAUUUAUAAGCUUUUCAUAAACCUGUGUAAAUAACAAAUUUGUGUAUAUUCUUGUUGCUGUUGUUACCGUGCAUCAGGAAAUCAAAGUGAGCGUUCUGGAGUGGGGUAACACCCGCUCGUUAGUAAGCAUUCACGAGAUUACUUGAUUUUAUCUUAAAGUUUAUUUUCACUUUUUUUUUUCAAUGAGCUCUUAAUAAAAAAAUAGAUCAUUCACUUUUUUUCUGAAUAUUGUGCACGCAAUUGAAACGUGCUGGGUUUCUAAAUUUCAUCCACAAUCGGAAUAUUUAUUUAUACUGGAGGAAUUCGAUGGGCUAUGAAGCUCUUUUACACAGAGGUCCAAUUCACCUUUUGUGAGCAGCUUCAACAGCAUAAACCCAGUGGGCCUGGCCACAAGCACCUUGUAUAUACCGGCAUAUCCAAGAAAGACAAAUGUUGCCUGCAUCGUCUCUUGGGGCAAAUGCUGUUAGCGAGCACCUGUUAAAGCCGGCACAGCGCGAGAGAUGGGUGGUGUGGACAGGAAACCAUAUGCCCGGCUGCCUCUUUCUUCCCAGUGGUGAUGUUUACACAUCGCACCAGGUACUCAUUUAAGGCUGGGUCCAAUAAACGGGAUGACCAGGACCAGUUGAGACAUCACUUGCUGCCAAUGUCAUUCGUGGCUGGGAAGCAAAACUCAGGUCCGCCCGGUUUGUCGCGCAGUGCAUUAACCACUACUCCACCGCUCCCCACCACCUGCUUGUCAAAAUAUAUAGUCGUACAGACUAUUGGCACAAGUGAUGUUAGCGAGCACCUAUUAAGGCUGUCACGGUGCGUAGGGUGGGCGGACGGGUGAUGUGGCUGGCAACAUUCUGCCUUUGAGCACUGAUAGGUCACGCAUCGUAUCAGACACUAAUAUGAGGACGAGCCAACCGAAGGGAGGUGCAGGAAUCGCCUAGCCACUGAUGUUACCUGUGGCCAGGAAUCGCCUAGCCACUGAUGUUACCUGUGGCCAGGAAUCGCCUAGCCACUGAUGUUACCUGUGGCCAGGAAUCGCCUAGCCACUGAUGUUAGCUGUGGCCAGGAAUCGCCUAGC